AGAAAAGAUCGAGAGAGGACUCGCCGGAGCGCGAGCUGCGAUUCUGAGCGCAGCUUCGAAUGGGAGCUUUUCGUUGCUGAUCAACGACACCGAUUACGUUCCGAACGGAAUGGUGUACCACAACCCCGGUGCAUUCUAUCAGAGCUACAGGGAAAUGGAGAAAAGAUUCAAGGUGUACGUGUACUCGGAAGGGGAGCUACCAAUCGCUCACGAUGGGCCAUGCAAGAACUUAUACGCCAUUGAAGGGAGGUUCAUACACGAGAUGGAACAAGGACCAGGGAAAUUCAGGACCAAAGAUGGGGAAAGCGCUCACGUUUACUUCAUGCCCUUCAGCGUAACCUGGAUGGUUAAGUACCUGUACAAUCCCAACUCUAACUUCGACAAAAAUCCUCUGAGGCGUUAUGUUGCUGAUUACGUGAACCUGGUGUCCAAUAGAUAUCCCUUUUGGAACAGAACCAAUGGGGCUGACCACUUCAUGGUUGCCUGUCAUGAUUGGGCUCCUCAGGCAACAGAAGGCAAUCCCUUGGUGUACAACACAUCCAUCCGGGUCCUCUGCAAUGCCAACACAACCGAAGGCUUCAACCCUGAGAAGGACGUCAGCCUCCCGGAAAUCCACCUCUUAACCGGAGACAUUCCCAACGAGCUCGUCACCCCACCGCCAUUGGACGGCCCCCCCCCCUACCGGGGUCUCGGGUUCUUCGCGGGCGGUGGGGACCACGGCCCGAUCCGUCCCGUCCUCCUCAAACACUGGAAAGGCCGGGACGAAGAGCUCCAAGUCCAUGAAUACCUCCCCAAAAACAUGAGCUACCACUCCUUCAUGCUCAACUCCAAGUUUUGCCUGUGCCCCAGCGGGUACGAGGUGGCCAGCCCAAGGGUGGUUGAGGCCAUUUACGCCGAGUGUGUGCCUGUGAUUAUGUCGGAGAAUUACGUUCUUCCGUUCAGUGAUGUGUUGAAUUGGGACGCGUUUUCGAUUAAGGUCGAGGUCUCGGACAUUCCUAGGUUGAAGGAGAUUUUGAGUGCAGUUUGGGAGGAGAAGUACAGGAAGCUUAAAGAAGGGUUGCAAGUGGUGAGGAAGCAUUUCGUGUUGAACCAGCCUGCUCAGAGAUUCGACGUGUUUCAUAUGAUAUUGCAUUCUAUAUGGCUUAGGAGGAUUAAUUUUGGAGUAGUACAUAAUGUUGCAUAG